UGAGGUAGUAAUAGGUACAUCGUCAUCCCAAAAGGAGUUUAGAAGUACGGGUGUUAUACCUAACCAUUUCCAAGGUUCCAAGACUAACUGCCUUAGGUACCUAGGUACUUAUUAUGUAUUCUACCUAAAGGUUAAUCAACUUUGCACCUGCUCAAGCUCUCUGCUACAUAGGUUUUAAUACCGCUCCGAUGACAUACCCUCUUCUAAAGGACCAACCCACUCUUUAGCCAACGCUUGAAGCUACUAAGAAGUACCUAGGCCACACCCUAGAGACCUAAUAUCGGCCUUAACAGACAUUUACCGCCUGCGACCGACAGCUGUUUCGCCCGUUCCGCCCGGUCAACCCAAGACAUUUACUUCCUUCAACACCUUGAUUCCCUCUUGCCUUUCUAUUUGGCCCUUCCCCCAAUUUUCACGACAUCCUUUUUUUCCCUUUCCCUUUUCCAACCCACCUAAAAUACACCUCUUCUUCUCCCUAGGUAUCGUUCCUUGUCAAUAGUCAUUUCCCUCUCUACCAUCACCAUCUUGCCCUAACGGCAAACUACUCGCAAUGCAAGCUCCAGUAAGUGGUGUGGAGCUGAAGGACAACACGGUCAUCGUGGUUCUCGGCGCAUCCGGAGAUCUUGCAAAGAAGAAGACGUUCCCUGCCCUCUUCGGCCUUUACCGCAACCAAUUCCUCCCCAGAGAUGUCAAGAUCGUCGGAUAUGCGCGAACGAAGAUGGACCACGAGGAAUACCUCAAGCGAAUCAAGUCAUACAUCAAGACCCCUACCAAGGACUUAGAGAAGCAAUUGGCAGAGUUCUGUGAGCACUGCAGCUAUGUGUCUGGCCAAUAUGACCAGGACGAGCCCUUCUUGAAACUCAACGCUCACCUCGAGAAGCUAGAGGAUGGCCGACGCGAAACGCAUCGUCUCUUCUACAUGGCCUUACCCCCUAGCGUAUUCACCAUCGUCUCCCAACACUUGAAGCGAUGUUGCUACCCUAGCAAGGGUAUUGCGCGAGUUAUCAUCGAGAAGCCCUUCGGAAAGGAUCUUGCUAGCUCCCGUGAGCUACAAAGAUCGUUGGAGCCUGACUGGAAGGAGGAGGAGAUAUUCCGCAUUGACCACUACCUCGGAAAGGAGAUGGUGAAGAACAUUCUAAUUCUCCGAUUUGGUAACGAAUUCUUCGGUGCUACCUGGAACCGACACCACAUAGACAACGUUCAGAUCACGUUCAAGGAGCCUUUCGGUACGGAGGGCCGUGGUGGAUAUUUCGACGAGUUUGGAAUCAUCCGAGACGUUAUGCAAAACCAUCUGCUCCAGGUCUUGACGCUGCUAGCUAUGGAGCGACCCAUCUCCUUCUCGGCGGAGGAUAUUCGUGAUGAGAAGGUCCGUGUGUUGCGAGGUAUUCCUGCUAUCGAGCCAAAGAACGUCAUUAUCGGCCAGUACGGAAGGUCCCUAGACGGCACCAAGCCUGCUUACAAGGAGGAUGACACUGUCCCCAAGGACUCACGAUGCCCAACUUUCUGCGCCUUGGUUGCUUACAUCAAGAAUGAGAGAUGGGACGGCGUCCCGUUCAUUAUGAAGGCGGGCAAGGCUUUGAACGAGCAGAAGACGGAGAUUCGAAUUCAGUUCAAGGACGUUACUAGCGGUAUCUUCAAGGACAUCCCUCGAAACGAGCUCGUGAUGCGAAUCCAGCCGAACGAGAGUGUCUACAUUAAGAUGAACUCGAAGCUUCCUGGAUUGAGCAUGCAGACGGUCGUGACAGAACUCGACUUGACCUACCGACGACGAUUCUCGGACCUAAAGAUCCCCGAGGCGUACGAAUCGCUAAUUUUGGACGCGCUCAAGGGUGACCACUCCAACUUUGUCAGAGACGAUGAGCUUGACGCCAGCUGGAGAAUCUUCACUCCUCUACUGCACUACCUAGAUGACAACCAGGAGAUUGUCCCGAUGGAGUAUCCCUAUGGCUCGCGAGGACCGGCAGUCCUUGACGACUUCACAUCGUCCUACGGAUACAAGUUUAGCGACGCCACGGGUUACCAGUGGCCGACGACAUCGGCCGCGCCCCCUAACAAGUUGUAAGUAACUAUCGGCAUGGCGUUUCAGCGAUCGACUUUCAGGCAGUCGUUUAGACUUGCAUAUAUAGAGCGAGCAACCCACUGAUAUCUUCCCCCGAUAGUUAACUUUGGUCUCGCACUGGCAUUACCCGCCGCGUGCUUCUGCGUUGACUAGACUACCGACAAGGGGCGCGUGAGAAAAUGUCGGGCCUUUGGGGGCGGGCAUUGGGACGAAAAAAUAAAGAACAUUUCGAUCUUCUCUUUCAACGUGGGAUCUUCGGAUAGGGGGCGCGCGGGACUACUAAUAAAUAAGGGUCUGCCACCGAUAUUUCCAUAGAAAGAAAAUGCUAUGCUUUGAUUUAAACAGCUUUUGUUUUUUUAUUUUUUUCGGCUUGCAAUUGGGUCGUGUUAUAUGUUAGUAAAAUCAAGACAAGGCUCAGAGCCUUACGAAUAUUUCGCGGGUUACUUGAGGUAGUAGUAGUUAUGCCCAUCCCAUGUAAGACGGGACUGUUCAUCUUUUUUAACGAACGGAUUGAGACGGGAUAUGGUGGUGGAGAUGUGCCAAGGUACCAUCCAUUGACUGACUACCUAACAUAAUAUACCUGUAUAUAUGUCGGCAGGCUGUAGUGCUAACAAACGGUCAUUGAGUCAUAAUAUUCUUCACUUGAUUAUAAAAGAUCGAGAUAUACUAUUGUAGGAAUAGCGAAAAAGAGUUCAACCAA